AUGGCCCUGGACUUCGUGCACAGCUGCGGCCGAGUCCAUCGCGACGUCAAGCCUGCGAACCUUCUCAUCACCAGAAACGGGGAUCUCAAGCUGGGCGAUUUCGGCGCCGCCGGGGUGGAAAACUCGUCGCGGAUGGUGGGCACUCAGCGCUUCAUGGCGCCGGAGCGGCUCAAGGGCCACCGCGCGACGGCUCAGUCGGACCUGUGGUCGCUCGGGCUGUCGCUGGCCACGGCGGCGUUCGGCGACGACUUCAUCUCGCAGGGGAGCAACCAGUUCGUCCAGCUCGACAUGGCGUGCCGCGUGCGCAGGCGGCUGUCGAAGACGACCACGCUCUCGGCCGAGCUGAUGGACUUCCUCCACUCCUGCCUGUCCAGAGACCCGGCCCGCCGCCCGGCGCUCCGCGACCUGAUGAAGCACCCGUUCCUGAGCCAGCGGCAGAACUGGCAGGCCAAGUGCCCCGAGGUGGCCCUGGCCAUGCAGGACCGGAAGCGGCUGCAGAGCGGGGACGUCAGCGCGAUCGAGGAGGUGCUGGACGCGCUUUGCCACGUCCGCGCGGAGGAGAACCUUAUCGGCACCAGCUUCGACCCGGCGACGGCGGCCGACCUGGCGUACGAGCUCGGGGUGACCACCGAUAGCCUCGUGCGCGACGUCCACCGGCGCACGCUAGAGUUCAUCCGGGAGCGCGGCGGCGGCAGCGGCAGCGGCAGCGGCAGUAGCGGCAGCCUCUCCUCCUCCGGCGGCGUGAGCGAUAGCGGCGACGAGAACGGCGACGAGAUGCGGAGUCGAGAUAGCGACGGCGGGGAGGAUCGGUGGCGCACGAUUAGCGGCGGCGGCGGCGGUGGAAUCGCGGGGGACGAGGCGCGCCGGAGACGGAGAAGACCCGCGGCGCGUGAUGAUGCCGGCGGCGACGGUGGCGGAGAAACGAGGGAGGAACGGCCGGUCCACCGCGGCGGAGAAGGGCGAAGAGAAGAGAGCUGCUCUCCCCGGCCGGAGCCCCCGCCGCAGGCGGCGGCAGCGGCGGCGGCAGACGCACUGACGUUAGCCAUGGACAUGAUACCCACGGCGACGAGAGAGGGCGACGGCAGCAUUCCACGCAGCGGCGGCAACAACGCUUACCCCUUGGUUACGCCGCGGGAUCGUCCGACCAGGGGAGGUGCGACGGGGGGCGCCGGCUUCGGGGGGAGACACUCGACUGUCGUGUCUUCGAACACGAGGAGUCGCAGGAGAGCGCUGGAGAUGAGCCCCGCCGUGAAGCUGACGCCCCACAAGCGCAGGGGCGAAAGGAAGGCCUCCCAGACCAAGAGGAACGGGUCUUCCUGCGUGGCGAACGGCACGAGGCGUGCGGGGCGCGGGCGAGAGAAGGAGCGGGAAGCGACAGCGGCGGCGGCGGGGACAGAGCCGGAGACGUCGAUAUCUGGGUCCCCGCAAGAGCAAGCGACGGAGGUCGUGACGGCGGCCGCGGAGACGGCCGUGGAAGGCUUGUAUGCCCGUGUGACGGGGACUGACCGCGACCACCAACGUUUCAGGGAAGCAGGCGCUGCCACUGUCGCCGGACCGGGCGCCGGCCACGUUGGCGCGGCGGCGGCGGCGGCGGCCGGCGUUGCGAGCGCGGGCAUCACGGCCGCCGACGGCCUCCCCUCCUGCCGAGAUAACCUCGUCCACACGGCGGCGUGCCGGCGCUCUUGGGAGCGGAAGUGCAAGCGCAACAGCAGGCCUCGGACGGCGAGUUCCCGGACCCUACCCAGCCGGGCCGACGUCCGCACGCGGUCGAUGCGCGGGGUGUUCCAGCUCGCCGACGAGAUGAAGGCGCAGAUCGCCGUGCGGGACCGGGUGCACCGGCUACGGGUGUACCCGAGGUGCUUCUCCGGGCGGGAGGCCGUUCAGUGGAUGCUGGACGGGUGCCACGCGUCCUCCGUGAUGGAGGCCGAGAACAUCGGCAAUGAGAUGAUGAAGGCGUCGGUGUUCCAGCACAUCCUGAACUCGCAUGUCUUCGAGGACUCGUCGGUUUACUACCAGUUCACGGACGGGGACACGCCUCCCCCGCCGUCCAGGGGAAGCCGGCGGCUGCGGCAGAUCGCGCGGGUCGUCGGCGGGCACGUCGCGCGGAGGCUCGUUCCCAGCGGCGGGGGUGCCGGGGGCAUCGGAGCGGCUGACUGCAUCUGCCCCGUCGCGCCGGGAAACGGCAGCGGCUUGGCGAACCAGCACCAGGCGUCGAGGCCCGGUGAUCGCGGCAGCAAGGUCAAGCGGCGCAGUCGAGGCCGCGGGUCCCAGUCGGUGCUGCAGUUGCGCCGCUUCAGCAGCAGCAUGAGCACGCUGACAGUGCCGGAGACGCCGUAUUAA